AUGCCUCCCGCUUCGCCGGAAAGCUUCAUCAACCAUGGCACAGCAGUGCCAGCUGCCUGCUGUUCAAUGAAGGAAGGAAAAUGCGUCGGCGACGGUAACAACAGCAGCUUCAUGUUUAGCGGGUACAUGCAAAACGUGGUACACGACAGAAGAUGGAAAGGAGUGCUCCAGGGGGAGGAUGCUCAGUACUUCCACAACUCGGCCACGAACCAGACGCAGUGGGAGAAGCCGGAAUGGUCCACUGGCGCGCCAGAGUCCUUGUCCUUCCACAGCCAGUCCUCCGAAGUGUACCGGCCUACAGUGUCUGACCUGGACCUGCAAGAUCGGGCCGGUGGCGGGGGAGGACACUUGGUCCCUCUAAGUUCCGGGCACGAGGCGCGAGGCGGCAAGCUCGCCACAACGGAGGCCGACACUGUCUCCCUCAGGCAGGCGCCUGGCGGUGUGAUGGAUUCGGCAGGCCCUGCUGCAGGUGCCGGGGGUCCUGCGUCCAGCAGCUUCAGCGGCUUUGGUAGUAUGCUGGCUUCGGCGGCCGCUGGGUCGGAGGAGGGAGCCGCUGGCGUACAGGGCUGGGCAGGCUCCAUGCUGUCAUAUGCGCAGCAGAUGUUCGACAUCAGUUCCGAAGACGUCAUCAAGCGACUAAAGCUGUCGCUUGUGCCGUUCCAGGGACUGGAUGCGGCCUCAUCAGAUCUCCGCUCGAGGCCGGACUUCUAUGGACCCUUCUGGGUCGCCACUACAGCGGUGCUCUUCUUGGCAGCAACAGGGAACUUCGCCCGACUACUCGAGACGGAGGAGUACCCGGCUGUCGAGUUCAAGUCCGACUACUCCCUGGUCAGCGUGGCCGCCUCCAUGGUCUACGGCCUCCUGGUGGGCGUUCCGCUGGUCACGCGGCUGGGGCUUUACUGCUCAGGGCAGUCGGUUGACAGCAUCAACUUCAAGCAGGUGAUCUGCGUUUAUGGCUACUCGCUGACGCCCAUGAUCCCGAUGUCCGUGAUCUGCCUGGUCCCGAACAGCUUCUUCCGGUGGAUCGCAGUCCUGGCCGGUCUGGGCAUCUCGCUGGCUUUUCUUUGGGGCACACUCUCAGCAGAUCUGGCAGUGGAGGCACCGUCCUUGAAGUGGAAGGUGCUCGGCCUGUUCGGUGCCGCGCAGGCCACCAUCUUCCUGGUCUACCGUGUGUACUUCUUCAACUCCAUGAGCUGA